AAUAAGGUUGAAAGUCGUUAAGUUUCAUACUUCUUGAAAUUUUUGCAUGUUUUCUCUCUGAUUACUUGAUAUAUCGUAGAGGCGUGUUUUGGUCACAAAUCAGAUGGCUGUCUUGGUGGAUUGAACCAAUGGAAAAUGCAAUAUGAAUAGUUUCAUAUGAACAACAUUGCUUAACAAAGUUUAACAUGUUUUGUCAUCGUAUUGGACAACAUAUCCCAAGGUCAUGUUCUAGCUUCAUAUAUGGGCCAAAAGGACAAGGGCCAUUAGGAGGCCAUAGACGUGUUACAACAUGGACACCAUUAGCUGGAGCAUUCAAUACAAAACCUGGACGCAAAAUUAACUGGAAGAAUGAAAAUGUGGGAUUAUUCCAAAUUCCCGAGUUAAAGGAUCACUCGGGGUUUUACCUCCUUCAAGAAGGAGUGAGGGAAGUAACAGAAACCCUUUGCAAUGAAACUGUUGAUCCUCAUAGACAACGCAAAAUAGUACAAGUGUUUGAUGACCUGUCAGACAGUCUCUGCAAAGUAGCUGAUAUGGCGGACUUUGUACGAGUUGCUCACCCGGACAAACGUUAUGCAGAUGCAGCAGAAGAUACAUGCUCAGAAAUAGGAGUCCUUGUAGAAAAAUUGAACACAAAUGUUUCAAUACACAGUGCUUUGAAACAUGUCAUUGAGAAUGGCGACCAUGUGGAUGGCAUAGAUGUUAUAGAUAAACGAGUGGCAGAGCUGUUCAUGUUUGACUUUGAACAGAGUGGAAUACAUCUAGAGGAAUCAAAGAGGCAGAAAUUUGUUGAACUAAAUGAAAGCAUCCUUGCCCUUAGCUCUUAUUUUGUACAGGGUGCACAGCGUCCUAUACAUGUGCCAAAAGCUAGUCUUCCACAAAACCUUAGACAUGUGUUUGCCUUAGAUGGUGACAAUAUAUAUGUGACUGGACUUUUCUCAGAUCACUAUAGUGAUUUGGUCCGAGAAGCAGCAUACAAAAUCUACCUCUACCCACAUGAAAACCAGCUAAACAUUCUACACAGCUUGCUCUCUCAAAGGAAUGAACUGGCAAACUUAGUAGGCUUCCCCACGUAUGCCCAUAGGGCACUAGGGGGCACUGUAGCCAAAACUCCAGAAAAUGUAAUGGAGUUUCUAACAACUUUAGCUGGAAGACUAAAAGAUAAAUCUAAUGAAGAUUUCAAAAUGAUGAGUCGCUACAAACACAAGCAAGGGGCUCAAGAUAUAAAUGUUUAUCCAUGGGAUGUCUCAUAUUACAGCGGAAUCGCGAGACAUGAGAAAUGUAAUGUUAAAAGCUCAAAAUUAGCGCCAUUUUUCUCAUUAGGAGCUUGCAUGGAAGGGUUAAAUAAUCUAUUCAAGUCCAUAUUUGGUGUGACGUUAGAAAAUGUCGACCCAUCUCCCGGAGAGCUCUGGCAUAGUGAUAUCUACAAACUUGCAGUAACACAUGAAACUGAUGGUGUCCUUGGUCAUAUUUAUUGUGACUUCUUUGAAAGAGUGGACAAACCCAACCAAGAUUGCCAUUUUACUAUUAGGGGUGGCAGGGAAAACUCUGAUGGAUCAUACCAGACCCCUGCAGUUGUGCUAAUGUUGAAUCUUCCCCCACCCCAAGGCCGUGUGCCAUCACUGCUGACCCCAGGCACCCUGGACAACCUGUUCCAUGAGUUUGGACAUGCAAUGCAUUCCAUGCUUGGACGCACCAAGUACCAGCAUGUUACAGGUACCCGCUGCUCAACUGACUUUGCUGAAGUGCCUUCUGUUCUCAUGGAAUAUUUUGUCUCUGAUAAACGAGUUUUGUCCAGUUUUGCCAGGCAUUACAAAACUGGGGAAUCUCUUCCUGAAAAUGUUCUAGACAAUAUAUGUGCAUCACGGAAGAUGUUUCAAGCUUCAGAUACAAGCCUCCAAGUGUUCUACUCAAUAACUGACCAGUUGUACCAUGGGAAACAUCCACUUGGAAGAUCAACAACUGAUAUUUUAGCAGACACACAGAACCAGUUUUAUGGACUUCCAUAUGUCCCGGGAACUGGAUGGCAAUUGAGAUUCAGUCAUCUAGUAGGCUAUGGAGCUAAGUAUUAUUCGUACCUGAUGUCCCGUUCAGUGGCAGCUAAAAUUUGGCAGCAAUAUUUUAAGGAAGACCCAUUUUGCAGGGCUUCUGGUGAGAGAUAUAGAAGAGAGAUGUUGUCACAUGGAGGAGGAAAGCCCCCACAGGAUUUGAUAGAAGCUAUGCUAGGAGAAAGCUUAACAACCAGUGGGCUAGUGCAAUCAUUGGUGGAUGAUAUAGAAGGCUGAUAUAUUAGAGAUAUCUCAACUGGAAAGUCAUCCUUACAUACUGAACAUUGCUGUAAUGAUUACAAGCUCAGGGUAAUAUGAUGUCACAAUGGACAUGUACAGACUUUGGAGUAGAUUUGCCAAAGAGGAAAUUUUAUAUUGCACACUUUCCAGCAUUGGAACACUAUCUUAAUGGUUGGGGUUUCAGGAAAAGAAAAUGAAAAAUAUGUUUUCAGAUAAUUUUGACAACAAAAUUUUUAAUCUGAGAAUUGGAUGUAUUUGUACUGGAUUUUGCUAUGAUAGUAGUGAAUCUGAAUGGUAUACACCUGGCAAACUCGCAUCAUAAAGCCAUUCCUCUGUUAAGAAACAAUUCCAAAGGUUCACCAUGUGGCAACAGUGUUACAUUUUACAAUAGUGAACACAAAUAACAAUUGACCCUUUUGUUCAAUGAUUGAAAAUGUUAAUGCCGUAACAGGAUUUUUCCACAAGCCCCCAGAAACGUGACUGUUCUGGAUGACUGCCUGACAAUGUUUCAGAUACCCAAUGAAUUAAUUUCAUGGCCAAUACAGUUGUCUUUGUUAUUUAUUGAUUAGCUUUUUUCUGAAAGCUGCAUCUGAAAACAUUAAUGCAAUAAAUGUUAAAACACAAUAUUCCUGUAUUUGGUUUUGCAUUUUUAUUUUCACCUUAGCCAGUUUUCUCUCAUAAUAUAGUACAUAAUCUCCAUAUGAUGUAUGAUGUAUCACUCUACCCUGCCAAGUGACCACACUUAAAAAGGAUACAGGCUACAGUGACGU